AUGAGCGAUACCAACGCACAGCUACGGCGCAUCGGCGUUGGCUUCUGCGGCACUGUCUGGGCAGCAGGGGAUCAUGGCUCGGCCUUCAAGCGCGAGGACGGCGGUCCAGACAGGUCGUUGCUAAACGACUACAACAUGCACCAGCGUAUACAGGAUCACAAAUCCUCGAUGACCCAGAUUCAAAUACCCAUUUGCCACGGACUUCUCACUCCGGCGAGUAAAUGGUGGCACGACAACCUCGAUCGAUUCCCAGACGGAUACGAGCCGUGCAAUAUGAUCCACGCGCAACGAAUCCCUCCCAUCUCAGAGAAUGUCAGACGACUCAUUACCGAACGGUAUUGUCCACCACAGUUAGUCCGAGAGAUCAUGGACAGUGAGACAAAUCGAGACUGCCUCAUCCGGCCAUACCUGGGUCGACGGCGACACCAUACAAAAAGGGCAUCGAGGUUUCAAGCAUUUUCUCUACGCAACUACCCCUUACACGUGGACCAGAUGGAGGAACUUGGGAUCUCUGAAAGUGAUAUCACCGGGUAUGCACAGAGUAUGGCAGAAGCUCUGGCUGUAAUGCACUGGGAUGCUGAGGUAGAUGGGAAUGAUGUGGAGUUUGUUCUUGCCGCACCGAACGACGCCAAAACAACAGUCUUACAAAGGGAAUGGUCCAAUGUCCUGGGCCAACAUUCAAUCUGGCUACUCGAUUUUGACCUGGUUCGCACAAUGGACAUGGAAGAACAGGGCGUGCAGCAGGCAGUCAAGGCGUUUUUGAACAACGACCCCUUCUUCCCUCGCCCUGAUGGUUCGAGCAUAUGGAAGGCGUUCCGAGAGCAGUAUCUACAGACAAGUAAAAUGUGCAUCGGGAGGAAGACUGGGGCUGGUUAUGGAGAGUUGCACGGCCUACCUGACUUGUUCAUUGACUCGCUAGAACAGCCGGGCAGUAACAGCGGCGCAUUCGCCUAA